AUGGGAGUCUACCGAACUCUCACCAGCACGAAGUGGCGAGCCGAGCUUGAGAUUUACAACGUCAAGCAGUUCCUCGGCAGCUUCGAUGACGAAGAGGAGGCUGCUCGAGCAGUGGACGCUGCCAUCCGCAGCACGGGAGCUGAGAAGGCUCUCCAGCUUCGCAUGCUCAACUUCUGUACCGAUGCGGACUAUUUCGAGGAGGAUUCCUGGGAGGAGGAAGCAGUGCCUCGAGGGGCGUCAUCUCGCUUUAUGGGAGUCACCUACCACCAGCCUAGCGGCCAAUUCUUGGCCAGAUUUGGUCGAAGGCACCUCGGACUGUAUGAUGAGGAGGACGAUGCUGCCCGUGCCUUCGACAAGGCACAUCGCAGUGUUCCUCUGGGGUUUCGCUUUCGGAGUUAA